AUGCGUGCCAAGAGACAGAUUGAUGAAGCUCUUGCGUGCGACGAAGGCUUGAUCGUCUUUUUACGUCCUUUGGACCCCGAAGUAACGGAGGGAGUUGAUUUCCGCGUCUUUGUGCCACCUCCGUUGAAGGCUGAUAAUGACUUCAAGGAUCGACAAAUCAUGCUGGUAGUCGCGGAGAAUGCGGUCAAGAGCGCUCUUCAAGUUGUGCCAGUCAUUGCGGCUGCAGCCAAGGCAGGAGGCACCUUCGACGGGCUGCGGCUUCACGGCUUCACGAUGGACGUGGUGGUGAAGAAAGGAGCUCCAGAAGCACAGCUGGUUGAGAUCAAUCCGUUCGAUGCCAUGAGUCCUUGCGGAAGCUGUCUUUUCCACUGGCUGGAGAACUGCAAUCAACUCUAUGGCUUGGAGGAUAAGAUCGUAGUACAUCUGAGUGAGGAGAGUCGAUGA